GUGGGAAAUGUAGUUUAGCGACCCCGCCCUCCUCGCCAUUCCUGUAAUGGCUGCUUCCUGGAAGGCGCUGUCACGUGGAACUUCUUAGUCUCCGCACCCGGAGCUCCAGGAAGGGCGUAUUUCAAGUUAGAAUUAUACAUAUAUCGUUUUUUCGUUUUUAGAAACCUUCAGUCCUCAAGAUCCAGCCACGUCAAGAUCGCAACAUCAUGACGUCAGUUUCAACACAAUUGUUCUUAAUUCUCACUUCAUUACUUUUGGUGCUGCCUGUUGUUGAAGCAGUGGAAGCGGGAGAUGCAAUCGCUCUCUUGUUAGGUGUGGUUCUCAGCAUUACAGGCAUUUGUGCUUGUUUGGGGGUAUAUGCACGAAAGAGAAAUGGACAGAUGUGACUUAGAAGGGCCUCCUGAAUCAAACCUUUCCUUGAAAACCUUUGUGCUGUUGAAGUUAAAAGCUUAGCUUUGGUGUUGAAAGUUCCCAAGAAACAGUGAAUAAGGUAUUUUCACAUUCUUGGGUGUUUCCCUACAAAUAGAAACAAAUUGAUAUACAUUAAAUGGGGAAAAGAAAUCUUUUUCCCAAGAAAACAAAUAAUGCACUGAAAAAUGCAGUCUGUAAUUUAUAUUUUCCAAUUAGAAAAAGGGUCACAGACUUAAGGUGCUGAUAUUUGCAUAAGUAAUACUUAGUAGUUUUGGAAUUCUCAAAGCACAUGAAAUAGGAAGAAGGAAACUCUUGCCAGAAGGAAAUCACCACUGUUCAGUUAAU